AUGGGGCUACUCAAGCCAUCAAGCAACCGACGGCUAUCACUGGCCAAGUUGAAGGGCUCUUCGUCCUCCGGAAUGACACCAGGCCGGGCCUCGCCAGCGCCCCCGCAGAUCAUCACAUCCACCCCAAACCCGUCCUCGAGCGAACUACACCAGCAACACCAACUUCAGGGGAAAUCCGACUCGCCAAUCGACCGUGACAUCCCCCCCUCCCAUCAUGUCGCCCUCAAUAUCCCCAGCCAGCUUAAGCCGGCUUCGCAGAGCUUAAACGAACUCCAUCGCCCUUCCCCCGUCAUCCAAAACUACAAUGAAACCCCUUUUCAUAAUCUUCAGGCUACGACUCAGGAGGAUAAAGAGGUACACACUAUAGUCUAA